GCCACCAUUGAUUGUAUAUCUGUCCCUCGUUGCGCUGGAAACCUAUUGCAAGGAUUUCGUUACUUGGUUUUAAUGACAGCAACCACCCUUAAGAAAAGUUCACAUUCCUGUCACAAACUUGACGUCAAAAUGUUAGAGCGUUAUGUGAAAGGUAUGUUGUUGAAAGCCUGGGAACGAGGUUGGUUGUUGACUUCUUUUGUGAGUGAGAUAAAUCAAAAGAAUAUUAGAUCGUGGGGCGUGGUGUCAGGGCGUGGUGUUUAGCAGUGUAGGGUAAUUAAUCUGACAGAGGCAGGACUAGCUCAGUAGCUACUGCACGUGUAGCAUUAACCACAUUGUAUAAACUCUGAUCAAGACGACCAAUCACAGCGCUCGUAGGAUUAACUAAAUUGUAUAACCUCUAAUAGAUCACGGGCAACGACCAAUCACAGCGCUUGUAGCAUUUACUACAUUGUAUACACUCUUAUCCUCCAUAGCUCUCCACCAAUCAGCACGCAAAAAAUCACUCAGUUACUGUUAAAAGUAAGUUCGAAUAUUAAUUGACCCAUCAAAUUCCUAAUUUUCCUGCGGAACUUGCCCACCUGGAGCCCAUUUUUGUAGAGUAUGAAGUGGCAUCUUUUGCGCUGUUCAUACAUCGUCUUUUUAUGUCCGUAGAAACUCUAGGCGAGGGGAAGGAGAGCUCUCUUGGUAUUAAGAGUAUUUUCGACGAAAACGUCACUUAAAAAGUGAAGUCGGUUGCUUCAAUCGUCUUUAUCGCCCUUAUUCCAUCUCGUCCAUUUCGUCAAAUGUUGGCAAUUUUUUCUGGAGUUGAAUUCUAAAAGACUGCAUUAAAGUUAAGUAAAAGCAAGAGGAAGUCGUUGUCAUGUGUUCACGUCCUCCGGAAAACGUGAAAUUAGGCAGUUUCACAUCGCAGUCGUGCACUGACUCGAACUGACGGUAAAGAAAUGUACAAAAAAGCGUGAUUCACGUGCGAAAAGUUGUUGUUUUGCCAAUCUAAACCAAUUGCUUUUUUGCCGUUCUCGUUGACGCCGACGUAGUCGUUGCUUAAGCUCCCUAUUAAAGGAACUGUGUCAUGGUUGUCUAGUUUCUUUUUGUUCUAUUUUCAGCUUUUCGUUAUGCGCCAUGGAACUUAAUAUAAGAGAAGAAAUUACUUUUAAAUGACAAAAUCACAACUUCUAGUCCUAGCAAAUAUACCUCCUAAGCAAUAUAUUAAACGUUACAAUGGAAAAAAAAAUGAACAGAAACUGAACUUUGAAUAACUAUUAGGCUAACACGUAUUCAGAAACCCACAAUUGCAAUCCGUGUUAGUCUUGUUCAAGUUUGUCCAUCCAUGCCUUUUUUAGAUUUGCUCUGUUAUUUAUUCCUUCUUUUAAUGUUUUGAGUUUUUUUAUGUUUUAAUCAAUGUGGUGGCAGUUCCAGCGGUUAAAAUGUUGAAAAAUUUUGUGACUUACAGACAGCGGUCAGCAUAGGGUAUCUGUUAACCAGUGUCAUGUCAUGUCUACAUUGCAGGUUACAUUGUAAUAGACAGUGGGAGAGAAGGAGGAAGUCAUGAGCUAACUUAGUAUGGGACAUCCAUUUUAACUAAACUAACUAGUUCUCGGUUGACCAGUCGUAUUCUUUUCCACUGGAUCCCGGGCCCCCGUCUCCUUCAAAACCGCGUCCUCACGGAGGGAAUUUGAAACACGGAUAUUGAGAAUAACGUGCCUGUGUAUUUUUUCUCCUAGGUUUGAGUACCGCAUGCGACGAAAACAAAAUUAUAAAAGACACAUGUGAUAGAAAAUGUAAAUGUGUAAAUGGCGACCUACAGAGCUGCUCCAGAGUACGAAAAGAGUUUACUAAAAUGAGUCUCGAAGAACGAACACGCUUCAUAAAUGCUUUCAAGCUGGUUUCGACUGAUCCACGCUACAAAGACGACUAUCGGAAACUAACAAUAAUGUAUUCACAAAUACCAAGCAAUAUACUCACUCAAACGCCUCACAUAUUCUUACCAUGGUACAGAGGGUACCUGUUAGAGCUUGAGAACAUUCUUCGCCAGAUCGAUUGCCGGAUAACAAUGCCUUACUGGGAUUGGAGUAUAGACGCCGCGCAUUGGACCCGAGAUUCUGAGAUCGAAGAUGUGUGGAAUUCAGGCCCCCACGGUCUGGGAGGCAAUGGCGUCUUCCCCGACAUGUGCGUAAUGGAUGGUCCGUUUAAAAAGGGUGAAUUCUUCCUACCCUGGUAUGCCAGUGGAGGUUGCUUGAAAAGAAACUUUAAUCAAUCUUGCAACUUACCAAACGCAGAAGAUGUCCAAACUCUCCAAGAAAAAGAAAACUUUACUGUCUUUGUGGAAGUAAUUCGUGAAGUUUUCCUUUGGAAAAUUCGGGACUGUGUUGGUGAGAGUAUGCAAAAUAUUUUGACGGCCACUUUCACUCCAGAGUUCUGGCUUCAUCAUACUUUUAUCGACAAACUUUGGGCAAAGUGGGAGCGUCAUAUAAUUGAAAGGCAGCUAGUGCAUUACCGAAAUACAACCUUUAAAAUGCCGGGGUUAGAAAGGUUUGCGUGGGAAUAUAUGUCACUCAACACGUUGCCGGGUGGUGUAAUCGUGGUGUAUGAAGAAUAG